AUGGGAUCAAAUUCAGCCAAACCACCUGCUGAUGCAAAAUAUUCUUAAUAAGAACUGAACCAAAAUUAAAACUAACCCUAAGUCUAACAACCAUAUAUGGGUUCAAACUAAGAUCCAAAAAAUCCAAACAUCAAUUGUAGAUCAUAAUAUUAUUCUAUUAAGAAUAGUAACCUGUUUAAGUUUAAAGCGAUCAAGAAAGGGAAGCAUUAUAGAAAUUAGUGCAGAACUCGAAAGAACAGAUUAAAUGAAGUAAUGGUUAUAUUAUACAAAUAGUUAGAUACAGCCAUGGGAACAUUUACUAAGGGCUUAAAGGCAAAAAAUGAUAUCCAAGAAGAGAUUAACAAAGCUGAAGAGCGUAGGGUUGAAUAAAUGUGA